AUAGAAUGAAAGAAAAUUAAAUGUUUUCUACAAUUUACAAUUCCAAAAUUUAAAAGACUUUCUGGAAUAUACUAUGGGAAGACGGAAAUCUAAGAGGAAGCCUCCUCCAAAGAGAAAAAAUAUUGAACCUCUGGAUCAGCAGUUUAAUUGCCCGUUUUGCAAUCAUGAAAAAUCUUGUGAAGUGAAAAUGGACAAAGGAAGGAAUACGGCUAAAAUAACAUGCCGUGUUUGCCUAGAGGACUUUCAAACUGGGAUUAAUUUUCUUUCCGAACCAAUUGAUGUGUACAAUGAUUGGGUUGAUGCUUGUGAAACAGCAAACUAAAUCUACUAUUAGUUUUCAUUCGAUUUAUUCUAUUUUGUAAAGUUAAACAAGUACAAACAUUUUCGUAUCUCAAUGUACAUAGCAAUACAUACAUACAUUGUAGAAAGUAAAC